AUGAGGUCCCUUCAUUACCCUCUGUUUCUCUUUCUCCUCGGCAGCGCAGGUGCAGAUCCAUCCACCCCUCUCCCCAACGCCAACCACAUCUUCAACACCAUCCACAACUCCAUGCGCCAAUGGGGCUCUUCCUUGCACCACAACGGCAUGUCCUUCUUCAUGGCCUCCGUUCCGGCGGGAACCCAAUUCUACCAUGGCAAUUCCCGCCCUGGAGACGUCACCGGUCCCGAAUGGUUGGCUUUUGAACCUGAACAUGCCAUGGUUUUCGCGAGGCCGAGACCUCGUGGACACCCCCCCCCUCCUCCGGGUGCCCCGGGGGCUGAUAUCGAUGGGGCCCAGAUGCCAUUGAUGCCUCCUCCUCCUUCGGGCCCAGAGUCGGAACUACAAGCCAUCGACAAAGACGCCGGUAAGAAGGAGAAAGAGGAGGUAGGCUACCUGCAUACCUUCACAGCAGCCCGCGACCUCCGCCUGCUUUACCUUGACGGCAUGUCCGCGGCAAAGACAAGCAACGGGACGCUGGACUCUCAAGACCGCGUGCUGUUUCGGGACGAGUUGGGCGAUGGACUGGGUAUGCAGGAGCGAGAACGGGCCGAGUUGCUGUGUCGCAUGGCGCGCGAGGACUGGGACGGGAAGUUGGACGGUAUAAUUCGCAUGGAGGCCGGGUUCGAAAUCAUACUAUGUGACUUUGACACCAUGGAUAUAGUCCGUGUUACGAGGGUGAAGGGUAAUGCGGACGGUGGGAAACAGGGAAUAAGGAGCAAGAUGCCUCAUAAUCCUGGUGGAAAGGGGAAGGGGAAGGGGCCAGGAGGCGGGGGGCCACCGGACGAGGGGCUAUGGUUCAAAGCCAUAGCAGCGAGGUACAAUGGUAUAGGGGGACAUCGGGUGCGAGUGGACUUUGAUUGGUUUGUGACGGCGUAUGACGAUGAAUACGAGUUAGAUUUGUUCCCGGGGAAGGAGACGAAGAGUCAACUGCCACGUCUGCAUCAUCUCUCGAACGAGCAGCUGGAACCGAUCCGAGCCGAUGUGGACGAACUGGUUCGUAAGCACCAGAUGGACAAGGCCGAAAACUUCGAUUGGCAGGCCGUCGCUGACAUGGUGGUUCUACGAUACGGACAUGAACUGCGGUACAUGGCCUCGGGACAAGCUAAAACACUGGAAGAGCUCCAUCGGGAGAUCGAGAGCCUCCUCGGCCCUUUCAUCGACUACGGAGAGGGAGGGCGCGACUCAAGUCAGGAGACGGAGCGGUGUGCGACGCAGUUCAUCCCAGCCGGAGCACCUGAUGGUACCGUCGCAGGGGAAGCGGUGCGGUCGGUAUCAAGGAGCAUCUGCUCCACGUUGGUGGAGGCGUGGAAUAAUCAUACGGAAUAUGAUGCGGCUAUUGGGCAGCUACGCGAGCUGAUAGAUUACCUGAACUGGACGAUGUGGAAGGAAUGCAGGGGAUGUGGCGACCAUGAGAUUUGCGUGGUGCCGAUUUGGCCGCUGGGGACGGUGGAGGAUUACGAGCAUCCGCAAUGUCGCGACGCGUCCAGACCGAGUGGCGAGGGAAGUCGAUAUUGGGGAGACCCCCGAGGUCGAGGUCCAAAGCCGUCUGGUCCGGAUUCUCCUUUGUUUUCAUCCUUUUCUUCCUGGCUCCACCGUCUGAAGCAUGCUUUCUACGGCCGAAUGUGA